AUGGAUUCUUCAUCUUAUUCCGAGUCGACGUUAACGAAUGGUGAAGGAUCUGUUAUUCCAAUUUGCAACGCUGAGUUGAGGCCUUAUGAAGGUCAAAAAUUUUCUUCACUUGAGGAGGGAAUUUUCUUUUAUAAAAAACAAGGUUUUCAUACAGUUGAUCCGUUGGAUGUUGAUGUAAGUAUAUCUGAGGAUGUGAACGUGUUAGAUGAUGAUGAAGUAACUUCAAAGAAGAAACGCAGACGUGGCACAAAAAGUAUGAAUGAUGUUCAUCACAAGUUUGUUGAAGAUUGCACCAAAGCUAACAUCGGUCAUACUUCAACUUUCAACUUAUUAAAGGAGUUUUUUGGUGGUUAUGAUGUUGUUGGGUGUUCUAACGACGAUGACAAGCUACAGAUUGGUAACAAGUGUCAUGGACGUUACUUUGGUCUAUAUCAACGCGCUUUUAAGAAUAAAAAUCAUCUGACUGCAUUAGAUAAUUUGCUUGCGGGUAUUGGUCCUCAAAUUUUUACUGAUGACACUACUGGAUCUUCAUCAGUUGAUGAAAAUGAUUCCAUCAAAAACAUAUAUAGUAUUGUUGUACCUGAAGAAAUAACUGCACAUGCUCCAGAUGUGGUUAUUACAAAGGGAGGUGCAAGUGACAAGAAAAGCAGGAUUAAGUCAAGCAUAGAGAAAGCAAUUGAAAAAGCAAGUAAACUUCAUAGGCGUUGUGGAAAGUGUUAUAAAGUGACUGAUCAUAAUGCUAGGAGUUGUGGCAGAAAGUAG